GAAAAAGCAAGCAUUGAGCCGGGUCUCGUCGAGAUUCCACGGCCCUAACCUAAAUCCUCGGGUCAAGCCCCUCAAAACGCUGCUGCACCUUUGCGCCACCAGAAAGCCUCCGCACUCUGGCUAGUCGGGACUGGUGUUUCGGCGAGAGCGCCCACACAACAAAGUCGAUACCUUCCAUGUCAGCAGGCGCUAGGCGCCUUAGUUAGCUCUCUUGCUGUCAGUUGUCACCCUAGACCUAGUUUCGCCCAUCCAUACCUUUCCCUAUUGUAUUUCACCAACAUGGCUACCCGUUGUUAAGCCCCCUCCCAGAUCGAUCUACCCUUCCUAUACUUGUUCACCUACCUACCUAUCUAUCAUACCCGUUGCAUUGUCUCUUUCCUCGCCGGCCAUCUUGUCUGCUCGCCCAAACACAUCUCGACUCCAUCUCGUGAACCUCCGUCAAACCCGAAGCCCUGCGACUCGGCUUCCUUCCCCAUUCGGCCAAAGGGCGGACCUUGGCUCGCAGGACACGGGAACCGGCAGCAGCAGAAAUAUAGGGGAAAGCGGGACGCUGUACUGGGAAUAGAGACCUCGGCCUUCGCCGACAAAUAAUCCCUCUCCUGUCGCUCUCGAAUUAGAUCGGUUCAUGUUGCACUGAGCCCAAAUGGCUACCGCCAUCCAAACAGCGCAUCGAAGCCAUCACCUGGUUGACAUGCGAAGCAGCGACAGCGACAACAUCCAGACCCGAACCAUACCGAUCCUCACCCCAACGAUUCAAAUGUCUGCCCCCUCCCCCGGCGAUCCCAUGGACAUAUCGACCCCAACGAGCGCCUCCGCUCCCCAGUCGGCGAACAGAAGCCCCGACAGCGAGCGCAAUGGCCUUACUGCGAGUAGCGGGGCCAAGCUUGGCGCCGGGGAGCAUAGAAGCAGCACCCCGAAGGCUGAGCAGCAACAGACUACGAAUCCAGUAGCGAUGCCGGCCCCAGCGGCUGCUGCGGCAGCAGUACACCAACCUAAGAUUGUCCAGACUGCCUUCAUACACAAACUCUACAAUAUGCUGGAGGAUCCCAACAUUCAACAUCUUAUCUCAUGGUCGCCAUCCCAAGAGAGCUUUCUCAUGUCGCCUUCAAAUGAUUUCUCCAAAGUUCUAGCACAAUAUUUCAAACAUACAAAUAUCUCGUCGUUUGUGAGACAGUUGAAUAUGUACGGCUUUCAUAAGGUCAGCGACGUCUUUCAUAAUGGGUCAGACUCAACGCUGUGGGAAUUCAAGCAUGGAAACAACAACUUCAAGAGGGGAGACAUCAUUGGUUUGCGAGAGAUCAAACGCCGUGCCUCACGCCACGCGCUUGUGCACAAGGAGUACAACCAACGGCCAACUCCUCCUCAGCCCGGCACCCCAGCUGAACCAAUGCCAAUUCAGGAUGGGACUGACCCACGAAUCGCCAAUAUGGAAAAUGCGCUCUACGACUUGUCUAUGCGGCUGCAACGUAGUGAAGAAAGCUCACACUACAUGCACAUCAAGCAACAAGCCGCCAUGGACACGAUGGGCCGGUUGUUACAGCUGAAUCAGGAGCUCGCCCGCACAGUUUUGACUUUGGUUCCUAACCCUGACAACCCGACACAUCGAGAUGUUGUUGCUUUGCAAGGAAGCUUGCAGCGGCAGGCAGACAUGAUCCGUACCUUGGAGGAGCCUCACGAUCAGCCACUUUCAAGCGGCCGACAUUACUUUUCACAGUUGGAAAAUGCGCCAGUGUCUCCUAGACAGAUGCCCCAGGACGAUCCGCGCCGUGCCAAUUUGACUGUGCCACCGCAUCGGCCAUCAAACUACUAUCGACCUCAGGUCCCGUCAAACUUGUCCCUCAACACUCGGCGCCCUUACGGAUCUAUUGGUGCUGGCACAACCUCGCAGUCGUCGCCAUCCUCGUUGCGACCACAGCCCCCGCCACCCCCUGCACCCCAGCAGCAUCCUCAACACCCCUUGGCGAACGUCGAGCUUCCGCCAAGUAGCCUGGCUCGGAGACACACAUCGGCGGACAUACGCGGGCACGGUUGGCCCAUUCCACAAGCGUCCCCGUCUGCGUCGGGCCCACCUUCGGGGCCGCCCUCGACUCAGUGGCCUUCAUCACCCAACCGCUCAGUGCCUGCUGAUGACCAACGCAUCAGGGAUUCAUUUUCCACAUAUUCGUUACAAAAUGCGACACCACAGUCACACUCAAGGCCAGAGACCCCACCACCUCCACCCUUUUCGAAUGGAGGUAGCGGCCUUGAUACUUUGACUAGCUGGACAUGGAACUCGGCCAGCAGUGGUAGAAGUGGGGGCUUGACAGUCAAAGACAGCUCAGCACCACCGACAAGGAGGGGAAGUAUGGCCCACAUACUGAACCCGACCGAUACCGCCGAGUCUCCCCAUGAGGACAUGGACGACCCUAGGGGCGACGAUGAUAGAAAGCGCAAGCGACUGCAGUGACAACAGAUCUGGAGGGAUCCUUCGGGUUUAGUAGACGACUAUCAUCUUGUCGUUAUCGAAUCUCGAGGGCAAGCAAGAGCAAUUUAGCAAGCAUUGGGUUGCUUAUUUGCACAGUCAAUUUAAGGAAUCCUAGUUAUGAUUCCGCACCUGACACCAAUUUAUUUUCUACGAUUCUCAUUGGGGUUUAACCAAUGAGCGUUUACCAUGCACUUAUUUAUCUCUUUUCAAAUCAUUACACUGGAUGAUCACUAUCUCCAUUAUUAUAUACACCAACAUAAAUGUAUUAUUUCCAUAACUUUUUUCUGUCCUUUACUCGCAUAUCCUACUUUUCUUUUAUGAACAUGUAACAUUUAACAUGUCAGAUCCUGGUCGCGGGUCUCAUAAGGAUGCUACCUGGCAUCCGUAAUUUGUUCUUCAAUCAUUUGAUUUCAUGUUGUUGGGUAUUCUUUCUGGAUAGUUCUACGUCAUUUCAUGAGUUGAGGCGUUUAUUCUAUCAGGACGAGCCAAUCGACAGAUCAGGCAAAGGAGUGGUGGCGAUUUCUUGUUGAAAAAGUCAUGUAUUGGAUAUGAUUUUUUCGCCGGCACAAACGUG